AUGACUGAUUUUGAACUAACUAGUAAUUCGCAAUCGAACUUGGCUAUCCCUACCAACUUCAAGUCGACUCUGCCCCCAAGGAAAAGAGCGAAGACAAAAGAGGAAAAGGAACAGCGAAGGAUCGAGCGAAUUUUGAGAAACAGAAGAGCUGCUCACCAGAGUAGAGAGAAAAAGAGACUACAUCUGCAAUACCUCGAGAGGAAAUGUUCUCUUUUGGAAAAUUUGCUGAACAGUGUCAACCUUGAAAAAUUGGCUGACCACGAGGACGUGUUGACUUGUGGCCACGAUGCUUUUGUUGCUUCUCUUGACGAGUAUAGGGAUUUCCAGAGCACGAGAGACGCCUCACUGGACGCCAGGGCCAGUUCGCACUCAUCGUCUGAUACGUUCACACCUUCACCUUUGAACUGUACAAUGGAGCCUGCAACUUUGUCGCCCAAGAGUAUGCGUGAUUCUUCGUCGGACCAAGAGACUUCAUGGGAACUGCAGAUGUUUAAGACGGAAAAUAUACCAGAAUCCACGACGCUGCCUGCCGUAGACAACAACAAUUUGUUUGAUGCGGUGGCUUCGCCGUUGGCAGACCCGCUCUGCGACGAUAUAGCGGGAAACAGUCUACCCUUUGACAAUUCAAUUGAUCUUGACAAUUGGCGUAAUCCAGCCGUGAUUACGAUGACCAGGAAACUACAGUGA